AUGAAGCCCCGCGCGAAGCUGUACUACGACAUCAUCUCGCCCUUCACACACAUCCUCUUGCGAACGAGGGGUCCGCUCGAGGCGAAACUGGACCUGCGCCCCGUGCCCGUCUUCCUCCCCGGGCUCCUGCGCGCGCAAAAGAACGUGGGUCCGGCGGAGAUUCCGUCCAAGCGCGCCUUCUCGUAUGCGUCCAUGGUCUGGAGGUCGGAGAAACUGGGCGUGCGAUUCAAGUUUCCGCCGUCGCACCCUUUUUCACCGCUCGCGCCACAGCGCCUUCUGGCCCACGUCGACGCCGACCUGCCCAUGCUCGACAAGGCGUUUGCCUUUGUUUUUGCCGACGGACGAGACCCAAACGACGAAUGGCCCGCGUUCUGCGAAGCGAUUGGACUGCCAGCGUCGACGCCCAAGCCCACGGACGAGGCCGUCAAGGCCAAGCUCGCGAAAAGCACCGAGGAUGCUGUUAACGCCGGCGUAUUCGGCGUCCCAACCAUCGAGUAUGAAGGCCGCCUCUUCUUUGGCACGGAAUCGGUCGAGAUGCUCUUGGAUUUCAUCGAUCGGCCGGGCAUGUUUGACGAGCCGGCCUUCCAGGCAGCGCUCAACACAAAGAACCCGCUUCUUCAAAAGUGA